UAUUUUUUGGUUACAUAAAGCUAUCAAAAAACACUAUCUCCUCCAUCCGAUCCGAAAUAGCUCACUAUGGCGGCGGAGGUAAUGCUAAUGAACGAGAUAGAGGCGAAGGCUGCUAGCAUGGCCAUCGAUUUGAAUAUCGAUUUCAAUUCCAUUCAACUUCCUCGUGGUGAAGAUUGUGGCAUCGUCAGUGAUGAUGAGGAUGUUUACCAUGACGAUCAAUUGGAAUUCGAUUCCGGGUUUGGAAACGUUAUUGUAGUGGAUAAUCUCCCAGUUGUUCCUCGUGAAAAGUUUGAGAAACUCGAGGGUGUCAUUCGGAAAAUCUAUAGUCAGAUUGGAGUCAUUAAGGAGGAUGGCCUUUGGAUGCCUGUUGAUCCUGAGACUAAGAAAACCCUAGGUUAUUGUUUUAUAGAGUACAAUACUCCACAGGAAGCUGAGCUUGCUAAGGAGAAGACCAAUGGGUACAAGUUGGAUAGAGCACAUAUUUUUGCUGUUAAUAUGUUCGAUGAUUUUGAUAAGUACAUGAGAGUUCCGGAUGAAUGGGCUCCUCCUGAGAUUAAACCCUACACGCCUGGGGAAAAUCUUCAAAAGUGGCUUACUGAUGAAAAGGCACGAGAUCAAUUUGUAAUUCGUGCUGGUACUGACACUGAAGUUCUGUGGAAUGAUGCAAGGCAGUCUAAAACCGAGCUCGUUUACAAACGCAGUUACUGGACCGAAAGUUUUGUGCAGUGGUCUCCCCUGGGGACAUACUUGGCAACAGUUCACAGGCAAGGAGCAGCAGUUUGGGGAGGUGCAAAUACGUUUAAUCGUCUAAUGCGUUAUGCCCAUCCUCAGGUUAAGCUUAUUGAUUUUUCUCCUGGUGAAAAAUUUUUGGUAACCUACAGCAGCCAUGAACCAAGCAAUCCUCAUGAUGCAAAUAGGGUUGUGAUAAACAUUUUUGAUGUGAGAACUGGAAAAGUGAUGAGAGAUUUUAAGGGAAGUGCUGAUGAAUUUACAAUUGGAGGAGCUGGUGGUGUUGCUGGAGUUUCUUGGCCUGUUUUCAGAUGGGGAGGCGGAAAAGAGGACAAGUAUUUUGCCAAACUUGGGAAAAAUAUGAUAUCUGUUUAUGAAACAGAGACUUUUAGCCUUAUUGACAAAAAAUCUUUGAAGGUUGAAAACGUUGUGGACUUCAGUUGGUCACCAACUGAUCCCAUUCUUGCACUUUUUGUUCCUGAACUUGGAGGUGGAAACCAGCCUGCUAGGGUGAGUCUGGUUCAAAUUCCCAGUAAAGUGGAAUUGAGGCAAAAGAAUCUUUUCAGCGUCAGCGACUGCAAAAUGUACUGGCAAAGCAACGGUGAAUAUCUUGCUGUAAAAGCUGACCGAUACACGAAAACAAAAAAAAGUACUUAUACCGGUUUUGAGCUCUUUCGCAUCAAGGAAAGGGACAUACCAAUUGAGGUUUUGGAGCUUGAUAAUAAAAAUGAUAAGAUAAUCGCUUUUGCUUGGGAGCCCAAGGGGCACAGGUUUGCUGUUAUACAUGGGGAUAAUCCAAGGCCUGAUAUUAGCUUUUACUCGAUGAAAUCAUCGCACAAUUUGGGCCGAGUUUCAAAGCUCACUACUCUGAAAGGCAAGCAGGCAAAUGCGUUAUUCUGGUCACCUGGUGGCCGUUUUAUUGUACUUGCUGGAUUGAAGGGGUUCAAUGGUCAGUUGGAAUUCUUUAAUGUCGAUGAGCUUGAAACAAUGGCAACUGCUGAACAUUUUAUGGCCACAGAUAUUGAAUGGGAUCCCACUGGAAGAUAUGUUGCAACCGCAGUAACAUCUGUUCAUGAAAUGGAAAAUGGUUUCAAUAUAUGGUCGUUUCAUGGUAAGCUACUCUACCGGAUACUGAAGGAUCAUUUCUUCCAGUUCUUGUGGCGCCCAAGGCCCCCAUCCUUCUUGAGCGCUGAGAAGGAGGAAGAGAUAUUAAAAUACUUGAAGAAGUACAGUAAGAAGUAUGAUGCAGAGGACCAGGAUGUUUCGAUGCUAUUGAGCGAACAGGAUAGGGAGAAGAGAAGGAUGUUGAAGGAAGAAUGGGAGAAGUGGAUAAGCGAAUGGAGGCGGGCAAGUGAGGAAGAGAAGUUGGAGAGGCAGAGGUUGAGGGAUGGAGAAGCAAGUGACGAGGAAGAGGAAUACGAAGCUAAAGAAGUUGAAGUUGAGGAAAUCUUGGACUUCUCCGAAGAAGUCCUUUUUGAAGAGUGAGUUGGUUAGGACACGAUUUUUCAGUAUGUAGGAGUGGAGUAGAUGAUGUUUCGGCUAUUUUUAUUUUAGAAUUUUUGAUCAUCGCGCUAACACUUUGUGUUUAUUUAUAAAUGAUUGUGUGAGGCAAUGCAAAAAUUAGUCCCUGCAUAUUUUUCCAA